GGCGGCGGCGGCGGGGCCCGGGCGCGGGCGGGGGGCGCGGGGGCGGCAUGAGGGCGGGCGGCCCGGGGGGCUGAGGCGCCCGCCGCUGCGGCGGGCCGCGCGCGUCCUCCAUGGAGGCCGGAGAAGAACCGCUGCUGCUGGCUGAACUCAAGCCUGGGCGCCCCCACCAAUUUGAUUGGAAGUCGAGCUGUGAGACCUGGAGCGUGGCCUUCUCCCCUGACGGCUCCUGGUUUGCCUGGUCUCAAGGACACUGCAUUGUCAAGCUCAUCCCCUGGCCGUUGGAGGAGCAGUUCAUCCCCAAAGGGUUUGAAGCCAAAAGCCGAAGCAGCAAAAAUGACACAAAAGGACGAGGCAGCCCAAAGGAGAAGACCCUGGACUGUGGGCAGAUUGUGUGGGGGUUGGCCUUCAGCCCCUGGCCUUCUGCGCCCAGCAGGAAGCUCUGGGCGCGGCACCAUUCCCAAGCACCAGAUGUCUCUUGCCUGAUCCUUGCUACAGGGCUCAACGAUGGUCAGAUCAAGAUCUGGGAGGUGCAGACAGGGCUCCUGCUUUUGAAUCUCUCUGGCCACCAAGACGUCGUGAGAGAUCUGAGCUUCACACCCAGUGGCAGCUUGAUUUUGGUCUCUGCCUCACGGGAUAAGACUCUUCGAAUCUGGGACCUAAAUAAACACGGGAAGCAGAUUCAGGUGCUGUCAGGCCACCUGCAGUGGGUUUACUGCUGCUCCAUCUCCCCAGACUGCAGCAUGCUGUGCUCUGCGGCUGGAGAGAAGUCGGUCUUUCUGUGGAGCAUGCGGUCUUACACGUUAAUCCGGAAGCUAGAGGGCCACCAGAGCAGCGUGGUCUCCUGCGACUUCUCCCCUGACUCAGCCUUGUUGGUCACGGCCUCUUAUGAUACCAACGUCAUUAUGUGGGACCCCUACACUGGCGAGAGGCUGAGGUCCCUGCACCACACCCAGCUGGACCCUGCCAUGGACGACAGCGACGUCCACAUGAGCUCCCUGAGAUCUGUGUGCUUCUCUCCUGAAGGCUUGUACCUUGCCACUGUGGCAGAUGACAGGCUCCUCAGGAUCUGGGCACUGGAGCUGAAAGCUCCAGUUGCAUUUGCCCCCAUGACCAACGGGCUCUGCUGCACAUUUUUCCCACAUGGUGGAGUUAUUGCCACAGGGACACGAGAUGGCCAUGUCCAGUUCUGGACCGCUCCUAGAGUCUUGUCCUCACUGAAACACUUAUGCCGGAAAGCCCUGCGGAGCUUCCUGACCACUUACCAAGUCCUGGCACUGCCGAUCCCCAAGAAGAUGAAGGAGUUCCUCACAUACAGGACUUUCUGAGCCACAAACCCACCUUCUUGGCACAAACCCGCUGGUGUAAGGGGCCAGACGCUGGGUCUGGUUGGAGUAGAACUUCUCUGGGAUUAUGAACAGGGUCUUGCCAGAUCCCAGUGAACCAGCGAGCUUCUACCCAAGGCUCACACAGGUCUGGUGGACGCACCACUCCUGCCGCGACACAGUCCACUCACCAACGGCAAUAUCAGUCCUAGCCAUUUUGUUUAAAGUGCAGUUCUUGGUGUUUUGGUAAUAAAAGCAAACAGAUCCCCAGAGAUUGAUGGCCAUACUCAUCCUCGGCUGGAGACGGUAGCUGCCUGUCAUGGCAGAGCACCUGUCACAUGGUUAUUAACAAGGUUUGAGCUCCAGCUGUGCCUCCAGCCAGUAUGACCAACUUCCCAUGGAGCCAUUUGGUCUAAGAUGUUAACUGAGCUAGAGACCAGAGGCCUGUCCCGACUGAUGUUGACACUAUUUUUUUUUUUUAAGCAGUGAUAUGCACGUGCAGAUGACACAUUUGUGCGUUGGAUUAUAAAGGGAUGUGUUUCUAAACUGCAUGACUAUUGAAACAGCUACUGAGUUGUCAGCUGCUGGCCACUUGUGAGCAUUGUAUUUAUUUGUAUUUCUCAACAGAUGUUAAGGUACAACUGCAUUUUUCCCACUGGCAUCUAAAAAUCCAGAUACUUAAGGGACCACUUGUGAGGACAUGUUUAACUGUGACGAGUUAUGUGGUCGGUCACCUCUCCUGCCCAUCUUCGUGUGUACGACGUCUUUGCUGCUUGACCUCAUCUGACUCAUCAGCCAAGCUCUACCACCUGGAAACACAACUCUCCAAGUCCUGCUCUCCAGCCAGUGGCCUGUAGUUCCCUGACCAAACACCUCAGACAGAAAUCUGCCUUAGGAAAUGUAAUAUAUUUUAAAUUAUUUUAAGAGAAACGUACCAUCUUAUUCUUUGGCUUUCUUAAUUGAUACUUUCUAUGGAGGCAGUAUCAACAUUGUACAACUUGUGGGGAAUACAGGAAUCCACCUCCUUUGUUGCUUGAAGAAAAACAUUUCAGAAUGAAGCUUUUAUUGAAAGAA